GAAAAUGACUCCUCUGAAAGUUGUGGCUUUGAACCUAAACAAUUCGACUCAAUUCUGGAUCCUGCCAAUGUCAUUUACUUGCAUUGGGUUUAUUACCUUGUGCAGGUUGAUGGGACGAUAAUAAAGGCCCAGCUUUGGGAUACAGGCGGACAGGAGCGAUACCGAGCGAUAAUACCUGCGUAUUAUAGAGGAGCAGUGGGCGCUCUACUUGUGUAUGACAUUACCAGGAGUAGCACGUACAGAAACGCUGAGAUAUGGCUGAAGGAACUGCGUGAUGCUGUUGGUGGAAACAUCGCGAUCAUGCUGGUCGGAAACAAAAGGGAUUUGCGGCACCUGCGAGCUGUCUCCACAGAAGAAGCCAAGGCCUUCGCCAAGGAGAAUAACCUAUUUUUCAUCGAAACGUCUGCCUUUGAUGACACAAAUGUUAGGGCUGCUUUUUUGAACCUCCUCACAGAGAUCUAUCGAAAGACAUUGCCAAAGCAGGUACGAUACGGCUCUGAAGACAAAGGUCGAGUUAUCAACGUCCGAUCCUUUCAAGUGAAGCAGACAGAAAACUUGAAUGGCCGAAAAGACGAAUGUUGCCUGAUGUUGAACUACGUCUGCCACGUUUGCCGGCAUGGCUGCAAUGGCUCGGACAGUGAAGAGAAGCAAUGCCCGAUGGGACCUCGGGGGCCCCAUUCCGCCUGCGUCUCCACCUGGGACAGCUUCGGGAAACUCAUUGAUAAGUACUGCUCCUAUUGGGACCAGAGUAUAAACGAAGGCAUCACAUGCUGGCAGGACUCGGUUGGCUCCCAGAAACACUGCCGUUGCCGGUGUAGAGGUUGGUCCUGUAAUGCCGAAAGCAAAGUCCCCGAGCAAUGCAAGAGAUUCUACCUUCAGGCAUUGCACUGUUGGCCGGACCAGCUGGAUCUGUAUUGCCUACGGAACUCCAGCAACAGCAACUGCCUCGCCGUCUAUGAACGGAACGGGACCUUGGUAAAGCGAGACUGCCUCUACGGGGCUGAGGAUUUGAACCCCAACCAAAGUCGCUGCUUCCUCGUGCAGCAAAGCGACAAGUCCCUGUGUUGGUGCGAAUGUGCGGCCGAUGACUGCUUCGCGGGGAAUUGGACGCAUAAGAUGGUUGAGGAUUGCAAUGUUGUGCCGAGGAUACAAGAGCUAGUGAAUACGAAUUCCCAGCAGCCCCCCUUCGGCUUCGUCGAUCUGUCAAUCAACAGUGCCGGAAUGAACGCCCAUGGGAUCCAAGGACAGAACCCUGCCUUUGUUUUCAACAUCCCAAUGAUCGUUGGGAUGUCUGUGGUCGCGCUCGUCUUUCUCCUUCUUUCUAUCUUCCUCGUGCACCGUCUCUUCAACUCCGAAGAGGUCGACGGGGAGGAUGUGGCACCUCACGAUGACACCUACAGGUCCGAGGACGCCACGGAUACCCUCGUUUUCCAUAAGAAAAUAGACAUCGCAUUUGUUGCUGCUACCUAA